AUGCCAGGAACUAAGUCAGCAUUGGAUAAGUCAUUGCAAUUAUUGUACAACUAUUCAUCUAAUUUUCAUGUAUCAAUUGAACUUAUUCAGAAAUUAGCGCAACAAUUGAAAUUGGAAACAUUUAUUGAUAGUUUAGGAUUUAACUUAGAUGAUUCCAAACCUGGCGUGAAAACCCAAAUCCAGACCCAAAAACUAAGCAUUGCUGGGUCGUCUAUAUUACUUGAUAUUGAUUUUGAAACCGAUAACAAGAUUGUUGGUUUGUCAUUAUCGGUAAAUGCCAGUGAAAGUAUUGAACAACAAAAUAUUAUUCAAAGAGAAAUCGAUCCUGAUCAUAAAAAUACAAAUGGGCCAUCAUCAUCGUCACAUAUAUCUAUUGAUAUCGAUGAAUUGGGUAUACAUCAUGUUAAAUUAAAUUGUAAUAAUAAUCCUAUUUCAUUUCUAAAUAAAUCAUCUAAACUUAAUGAUGCAAAUAAAACUCAUGUGGAACAGAUUUUACUACGUAAUUUACAAAAAACAUCAAAAUUGGGUAAUUUCCCAAUAAAUUUACAACGGUUAGCAACAAUUGAUAAAUUCACAAAUUAUAAUUCUGAUUUAUUUAUUUAUAUUGAAUCAAUUGCUUUAUUGUUUAAUACUAUAUUUCAAAUAGAAAACCAAUUGAAUUCAAAUAAUUGGGAAAUUGAAAAUGGAUUAUCCAAUAGUAUAGGGAAAGUCAAUAUAAAUAAUGAGGAUAGACUUGGUGUUUCUUUGGAUUUUUGGAAAGAUUAUAGAUUUAUAAAUCAUGAAUAUGAAAUAAUCAAGAAUCAGAGUCAGAAUGGAAUAUUGGUAGGAAAUUGUUAUACAAUUCAAGUUGAUGUUGUUGAAGCAUCAAAACAAAUUGAUUAUUUACUUGAUAAUCAAGUACAAGAAUGGGAUAUAUUUACCAAUAAAUAUAAAUUUGAAUUUGAUAGUAAUUCUUUGAAACCAUUAAUUUUAGAUGGUGAUGAAUUUUUGGCAUGGUCAUUACAAUUUAAAUUGAAUCAUUCAAUUUAUAUCCCAGUUUAUGUACUUGAAUAUUUCUCCUUGAGGAGUAAUAAUUAUACAUUAGGUACAGGUGAUCAUGAUUCUCGUAAUGUGUUUGGCAAAAUCAAUGAAGGAGAAAGCUUUGAACAAAGUUUAAAUAUCGAUUGUAAUUCUAAUUCGAUAUCAUCAUCAUUUCAAUUGAUAAAUGAUAUUCCCGGGAAAUUUGUUCCUUUAAAAUCAUUUCAAAUAAACAAACUAGUGGAUAUUUCAAAAUUAAUACCCAUUUUAAGAAAUUUCUUAGUAUUGAUUAAUUUGUGUCGUACUGUGAUUAAAAGUAAACUGACUCAAUUACCUAUAUUUAAUAGUAAAGGAGGAAGAAGAAGAAGAAGAAGUUCGAGAUUUUUGGGAAUACCGACUACAGAAAAAGAAUUAACUGAAGAAUUCAAACUCAAAUUAAAAGAAUCUUUGAAAUUGCCUGAUGAUGUCACUGAUGAGGAAAUUCUUGGUCUUAGUGCAAUAUCUGAAACUGCAAAUUAUUCUACAAUACCACCAACAAAUAAGGAUGAUAUAGAUCUUGAAUCAUUUUUAGAAAAUGAAGAUAAUACCAACAACAAUAGUGGUGAGAAUGAUGGACAAAUGAAUGAUAAUGAUGUUGAUGCUAAUGUAAACAGAGGUAUAGAAUUUCCAGAAAAUGGAAAUAACUAUUUCCUGUUGAAAUUGGAAAAUAUUGAUCUUACUUCACGAGGUGGUGAUUUACAAUUGGCAUUUGAAGCACAAUUUAAAUCUCAAGAGAUUUAUAUCCCAUUGAGAAUAUCAAAUGGUGAAAUAGUGUCAGUACAAAAUAAUGAUGAUAUGGAAACUGAUGAUACUUUAAGUUCAAAAUUUAUAAAAGCAUUAAACUUGACUGAAGAUAUAAUUAGUUCAUAUAAAGCAGUGUACUCCAAUUAA